UAAAAAUGAAGGAAAUGCGUCCAUUACUAAGACGAGACAGCUAUAGUGAAGAAGAGCAGUUAUUAUAACACAGUGAGUGUGAUUAAGUUGAAUUUUAGCUAACCGAUAACUGGUGUUAAGCUGAGGCUGACACCGAUCCCAAUACAAUCGUUUAAAAAAGCCACUCAAUAAAUAAGAAAGGACAAGGCCGAUACAAGAAUGUUCCUUAUACUUUUGGUAGACACUUUAGAAAUUGGAUUAUUACUGAGGUUGAAUCCAUUCGAUGUCCUGUGGUUUAAAAAUUUAUCUCCAAACGUAAAACCAAUCCUAGAUAUCAUGACAGUUUCAAAGAUUUUAAUCAAUUAUUCCAACACUCAGGUAUUGCUAGAUAACUAGGUUAAAUCUUUUUUGGACAAAAAAAAUGGAUGCAAUAUUUACUAGAAAAUGAAAGAGUAGCUGGUUUCUAAAUAUAUUUUGAAGUUGAAAGAUCGUAUUACGAUGCAGCAAUUAAUGGUACUAAAAUCACUCAAUAAAAGGUGAAAAAUCUAUGAUAAACUUUUUUAACAUAAACUUUGGUUUGUAUUUAUAAUUUA